AUGCCGCCGCCGCCGGAGCUGUGCCGCGACCUCCUCGUGGACAUCCUCACCCGCCUCCCUCCGGACGACCCCGGGUGCCUCUUCCGCGCAUCGCUCGUCUGCACCGCGUGGCGCGCCCUCCUCACCAGCCCCGAGUUCGCCCGCCACUACCGCGAGGUCCACCGGACCCCGCCCCUGCUCGGAUUCUUCGAGAACCACGACACCGUCACGCCGUGGUUCGCGCCCUCGUCCCCCGCCGCCUCCCCCUUCCCCCCGCUCUUCCCCGACCGCCGCGCCCUCCACGUGCUCGACUCCCGCCACGGCCUCGUCCUCCUCAGUAACCCUAUACGAAUCACUGAGAAUGACCACGCCGUGAGCCUCAUCGUGUGGGACCCCGUAGGCCGCCGCCAGUGGGAGUCGUUCCCCCCUCUGGAUUUCGCCAGCACCAUCCUCUGCGACGUGGGGGUGGUGGUCUGCGCCGCCGACGACUGCGACCACCUCGGCUGCCAUGGCAGCCCCUUCCUCGUGGGCUACGUGGGCACCGACUACAGGAGCGCCCACGCCUCCGUCUUCUCUUCGGAGACGAAUAGCUGGAGCCCCGUUGUCUCUUGCCCCCACCCUGAUGUCGAGAUCCUGAGAGGCCAGCCCAAGCCCCUUGUUGGGAAUGCCGUCUACUUCAUCUGCGAGUACCACCCGGAUGAGAGUUUCAUUCUGUGCUUCGACCUCUUCAGCCGGAAACUGUCAAAGUUCGACGGGCCACCCAUCCAUCACUAUAAGUAUGCCCUGAUGAAAACAGAGGAAGGCGUGCUGGGAUGCGCGAGUAUGGAGGGAUCUCGGCUUUGCCUGUGGUCGACGGAGACUGGUCCCGACGGAGCUGUGGCAUGGAUGGAAAGCAGGGUCAUUGACCUCCACAAGCUGCUCUCUUCUAACUCAUUCCUCCAUGUGAUUGGCUUUGAGGAUAGAGCUGGUGUCUAUUAUCUGACGGCAGACUAUGGUGUCGCAACGGUUGAUCUUAAGUCAGGCCAAGUCAACAAGAUGUCCAUCAUCCAUUCCAAUAUCGUUCCCUACACAAGCUUCUACACUCCAGAUCAAGCCGUUGAGGUGGCCCAGCAGGGCAGAUGGGAGGAAGUGGGCGACAAGGAGGAGGAGGCCGAUGAGGAGGUGGAGCAGCAGGUAGAGAAAGCCGUGCAAGAGCUUUUCACCAAGGGGUCCAAAGCCCUUAAGGAUGAGGACUUCGUCGGCGCUGAAGACUGCAAACGCAGGAUCCUUGAGAUCAGGGUGGCACAUCAUGGUAAACUUUCUCCAAAGUGUCGCAGUGCAUAUCACAAUUAUGGAUGUGCUUUGCUACAGAAACCUCUACCAAAUCAGGAUUCAGUGAAGAGUACAACCACCCAAAGUAAUACUGAAAGGGACAUAGUAGAGGAUUUGGAUCUGGCCUGGAAAAUGCUGCAUGUUGCAAGGCCAAUAUCUGAGAAGAGUCCUGGCAGCACUACUGAGAAAUAUAAACUCUUUGCUGCUCUUGCUAGAGUUUCUGUGGAAAGAGGAGACAUGAACUACUCACUGAUUGCGUGCUUCAAAGCUUUGGCCAACAUGGAGCAUUUGCUUGAGCCUGACUAUCGUCAUAUUAUCAAUCAGAAACCUACACAUACGUUUUGCCUUCGAGUUGCAGUCCAAGACUGGAGAUGCAAAGGCUAUCUCAUUGUGCAUGUCACGUGUAGAGGACCUGAAAAAGGCCAGUCAAGCUUUGUUGGCUGA